AUGGCUACACAAGUUAUUGCGAGAAGAGUGCCUACGGAUGCAACCAUCCCUACAAACUGUACAGGAUCCGGGGAAGUGAAACGGAUCUACGUGUCAAAUCUAGAUUUCAGUACCACUGAAGAAGAGCUCAAAGAGUUCUUGAGUGAUUACAAUGUAUUGACAGUGCUGAUACCGAGUCAGACGAUACGAGGUUUUAGAAAUAGCAGUGUCAAACCGUUGGGAAUCGGAUAUGCAGAUUUUCCCACUGUGGCAGACGCACAGAACGCCGUGAAAGAUCUGAAUGGCAAAAUGCUACACGGGCGCUCGCUGAAAAUCAAGAUUUACGUUCCGUUCACAGCGGCUGCUCGCGAAGAUCGCAAGGCUUCGAAGCACCUAUUCAAAUCUCAAGCUCGCCCAGUGGCCGCACAAGCUGGGAGCGUUCAUGACGCAGCAGAGCAGGCUGCAGGAAAUAGAGAGAGCACUAUGGUGGAACAGUCAGCUCCUGUGCCCAGCAAACCAACGCGCAGCGGCCCAGAGCCGGUCUCAGAGGACACCGUCUAUUGUGCAUAUCUACCUUCUUCGACAACAGACGUAGAGCUUCGCGAGUUUUUCGCAGCUUACGACCCUCAGGAUAUUUUUGUUUACCGCAGUAAUGUCUCUAGGCAUCGCGUUCAUUUGUAUCGGCGGUUCACAGCCGCUCUGGUUACGCUGGGAGCUCCAAGCUACCUUGAAAAUGCUUUGAGUCAGCUGUCCUCUCAGAAGUUCAUGGGUAAAAAGAUAACGCUGAGACCUGCUCGUCUCAAUAAGAUACAAGAAGUGAAGCAGGCCGCCGUCAAAAAGCUGGAGCUCGAACAAGCACAAACGCGCAAGAAGUCGAUUGUCGAGGCUAACGAGCCCAUCUCAGAAGACAGGGAGUUGGAAGGUCGAGAAGGGGCCUAA